GCGAACAUCACUGAUGUUCGUUCAAUGUACCUUCAUCGUUCAGAUGUUCGAAUGUUAACGUUCACCGUUCAGUAACGUUCCAUAUUCAAUUGUCGCGUCCCAAUUGGUCCGCGGUCACAUGUAUCACGCUACGUCACACGACGUGUCACAUUAUCGUGACAGCAUUGAAGUGACCGAAAUUUCCCGAGGAUACGUCUUCAACGUUCUCAACGACGACCUCUAUGGUUUCUCGGACACUCUCUGCCUCGCUCGGGCGUGCUCUGCGCACCGCUGCGCGCAAGCCUGUGAGUACGCUCGAUAUCUCCGCAAUGAAAAGAAAGAUGAUUCAAGCACUUCUCGGUGAUGACAUGUUCUCAACCGCGAAUUGCUUGACAGCGGCCUCUGCGGUCCUUUGCGACGGCAGCUAAUGUUUCGACGCCGAUCACUCAAACUACGACCCUCCCGAACGGCUUGACUGUCGCAACGGAAUCACAUCCUCAUGCGCAAACGGCCACUGUUGGUGUCUGGAUAGACGCAGGGUCGAGAGCAGAGACGGACAAGACAAACGGUACUGCACAUUUCUUGGAGCAUAUGGCCUUCAAAGGUACCAACCGCCGAAGUCAACACGCACUGGAGAUUGAGGUUGAGAACCUCGGCGCCCACCUGAAUGCAUACACUUCUCGCGAGCAGACGGUCUACUACGCCAAGAGCUUCCGCAAGGAUGUUGGUUCUGCUGUGGAUAUCAUCUCUGACAUCUUGCAAAACUCGAAGUUGGACAAUUCUGCGAUUGAGCGGGAGCGUGAUGUCAUCUUGAGGGAGCAGCAGGAGGUGGACAAGCAGUUGGAGGAGGUUGUCUUCGAUCACUUGCACUCAGUUGCUUUCCAACGCCAGCCCCUUGGCAGAACCAUCCUCGGACCCAAAGAGAACAUUCUUUCCAUCACCCGGAAUGACCUCGACUCGUACAUCAAGACAAACUACACCGCUGACCGCAUGGUCCUCGUAGGAUCUGGUGGUGUCGACCACGAUGAGCUCGUCAAGCUCGCAGAGAAGCACUUCUCUACCCUUCCCGUCUCCCCUAACCCCAUCCCUCUCGGUCGUCUCGCACACCCCAAGACGCAAUUCGUCGGCUCGGAAGUCCGCAUCCGCGACGAUACCUUGCCCACCGCUCACAUCGCCGUCGCCGUCGAGGGUGUCGGCUGGAGCUCACCCGACUACUUCCCAAUGUUGGUUAUGCAAUCUAUCUUCGGCAACUGGGAUCGUUCGCUCGGCUCAGCGAGCUUGAUGUCCUCGCGUCUGUCACACAUCAUCUCUUCCAACAAUCUUGCGAACAGCUUCAUGUCCUUCUCCACAUCUUACUCAGAUACCGGUCUAUGGGGUAUCUACCUUGUCACGGAGAACUUGAUGAACCUGGAUGAUUUAACUCACUUCACCUUGCGUGAAUGGACCCGCAUGUCGGUUGCCCCUACCGAGACUGAGGUCGAGCGUGCGAAGAGUCAGCUCAAGGCCAGCUUGCUCUUGUCUCUGGAUGGUACCACUGCUAUUGCAGAGGAUAUUGGUCGUCAGCUCGUUACCAGCGGCCGUAGGUUAUCUCCUGCGCAGCUCGAGAACGCUGUCGACGCCGUGACUCCUGCUGAGAUCAAGCGUGUUGCGCAGAAGUAUCUGUGGGAUCAGGAUAUUGCCAUUGCUGCUCUCGGUCCUGUUGAGGGUCUUCUCGAUUACAACCGUAUUCGUGCAGACAUGUCAUCUUUGCUGUACUAGAGGAAGGAUGUUGGACCAAAAUAUUUACAGCAUAGCUACUUCUACUGUUAUUGCGUUAGACGAUAAUGAAGUGUCUUUGUGCCUUUAAUUCAUCUGGACCCUUCUCCUGCAAACACUCUAGGGAUAUGAGCGGGAUUCAAGCCUUGAAAUUCAAAUAUCACCGAAUUCAUCUACUACGUACAUUCACAGGCUAAGAACGAUGUAUGUUUGUCAGUCUAUAAAUAUCGCGCCAAGGGUCAUUAUAAUGCACCUCAGGCAACUGAAUUGUGUCCCACAACUCCCUUUCCCUUUCAGACUCGGUAAUAUGCUCUGCAUCUCUUUCAUUGUCUCCAUUAAUAUCAUGCAAGUCGUGCAAUUCAUAUGUUUCAUUAACUGGGAUAUCAGGGACGUUUGACUCUCUUCUUUCUUGCUCCUGUUGUAUACUUUCCGCACGCAUGGAGGAAGGUAUAUGUGCGG